UUUUUACGCAGUACGUAAAACAGGCAACCCGGAAGAGAUUGAGAAGCAGGGCAGGCAAGCAUUGUGUUGGAAGACUGAUAUUGAUACAGUAUGGAACAGCAACCAGAACCAACCAAUGACUCUUUGACAGUUGAUAGUAUUUUGGAAAACACUGCUGUGAUAGAACAAGAUAAUUGUAACUCCUUAGCUACUAAAACGUUUUCUGUUCAGACAUCAGACUCUGGUAUGGAAACGCUGCAACUUACUACAGUUAUCAAUAAUGAAGUUGAUGCUGAAAUCUAUGGGUGUAGUGAACAUCAGCCAGGUAUUGAAGAUUUCACAGGUGAGAAAGAAGGAAAUGGAAAUUUGCUGCCAAAAGGCCCAGAGAAGUUUAGUGACACAGAUGUAACGUUUCAAAAACCAGAAGCAAAUAUUUGUGACUUAAAAACUGAUUUGACAAGACAAGCUAUUGAGCAGAAGUCCAAUGAGGAAGAGAUGGAGGUUUCAGUGGCUGCCCACAUCCAGUCCUUUAAUUUAAUGAACUUGCAGAUUCUUGAUGGAACACAGGAAGCAGCAGGCUUGCUUGUUGAGAAAGAUGGAACCCUUCCUCAGGUUCAUGUGACUGUGAAGAGUGAAAUUCAGGAGAGGGGUGUUAUCGAAGGCAGUGACGAAAACACUUCAUCUAAAGACUCUUCAUCAGAAAGUGAUUCUGAUUCUUCCUCCUCCACAUCACCCUGUCUUGUGCUUUCUGAAGCAGAUGAUGAUGAUGAUGACUUUAUAGGGCCUGGAAAAGGGAGGAAACCACAGCCUUUAAAAACUAAAGAUGAAAUUCUACCAGAGGAACUCCCCAGUGUUGAAGACGAGACAAUUAUUCUGCCUGAAGAUGUUGAAAUAAAGCCAAUUGGAUUUGUGUCAAGUAUAAUUGAACAAUUAGUAAUAAUUGAGUCACUAAAGGAUACACCGCCGCUUAAAGAUGAAAGUGUAGUUUUUAAUGAAGGAAGACUUGCUAUAGGAAAGAUAUUUGAAAUAUUCGGACCGGUCUUCCAUCCUUAUUAUGUUCUUCGAUUUAACUCUCAUAAACAUAUUGCAGAAAAAGACAUCAAAAUGCAAGAGAAAAUGUAUUAUGCUCCUUCAGUCAAAGACUUUACUGAGUACAUCUUUACGGAAAAACUUAAGAAGGAAAAAGGCUCUGAUGCAUCUUGGCAAAACGACCAGGAGCCACCACCAGCGGCUUUGGAUUUCAGUGAUGAUGAAAAAGAAAAAGAAUCUAAAAAAAAAAAGAAAAAACCUCAGAUGAAACAAAGAGUUGAACAAAUGGUUUUAAACAAAAAUGACGAAGAGCCUAUGCAGUAUAGGUGGCAACACCAGGCUCCUCCAAGAGAUGGGCACGGGUACCAAGGCUGGGGAUACAACUCUCUUUCUCAACAGGAAGGCUUCCUAAACCCUGCAGGCAGAGGAUGCUCCCUCUCAAGAGGGCCAUUCAACCCCACCUCUAACAGACCGUUCAGACCUUCAGGUUUCCCGCCUCAUCACAGCAGAAUGAUGCCACCUCGGCCUCCGCCACCACACUUCUAUGACCAAGGAAACUUUAUGUUGCCUUGCCCCUACCCACCACCAUUCCAGCACCCAGGGUCCAACAUAAUGCCUCCAUUCCCACCUCCUCCUCAUAUGAGUAUGCAUUGGCCAAACCAUGAGAUGGGCCCCCCUCCUCCGUUGCAUAAUGUGCCUUUCCAACCCCCUCACCCACCUUAUCCAGGCUGUCAUUUUACACCUCAAAAUGAAUCACACAAUUAACUGGUCUACAUGACAAAGACAUGUAUCCUUCGCUACUUGGUCAUAGGGAAAAAAAAAAAAAAAGUUUUUUUUUUUUCCUUGCAAGGGGAGGCUUAUACAAAUCUGCAAAGUUCUAAAAUAUUUUAAAUCGGCUUUGUUUUCUAGGUAGAUCAUAUUAGAAAUCUGUGUCUUCCAAUGUGUACAUCUGAAUAAAGAUAACUACACAUCAAACACAUCCAAAAACAUAUUUUGUGCAAAAUGAGUAACAUUACAUCUUCCUCAUUAAUAUAUCGGUGAUUAAUGUCUGCCAAACCAUAACAGACACUUCACUCAUUAUGCACACAGUGCUAUUUAUAAGGAUAGUUUCAUUAAUAAUUACAAAUAUAUUCUUCUGUGUAGGUGUUCCAUUGUGAUUUCUAGUGAUGUGAUAAAAAAAAAGAAACUUAAUGUAAACAAGAUGUUCUUACUAACUAAGCAUUAUGUAGCACAAUAAACUCAAUUUGUUAUUAAAA